AUGACAUCUGUGCGAGAGCUCCUCCCACAAGCCCUCCCGAUUCCCUCUAGGUCUGUCAUAAAUUUGAUCUCUUCUCAACGUCAAAAGGUUGCUGUGAGGUCAGAAACAGGAUUUUUCACGAUCAUAAAAAUAAAAUAUAGUCGGCUAAAAUAUCAGUUCUUAAAUUUUUCCAGUCGGCCACCCAGCUUCUGUGCCCGCCCCCUCCCCUGUGCUCCUUCCCGCGGUGCCCCAUGCACCCCGUCCUCUGCCCCCACCGGCCCGGGCGGGGUUUCUUCUGUGUCUACAGAAGAGGACAAGGCCAGAGACGAGAGUGGGCUGCAAACCUGGCUGGGCCGAGACCGCCGCGGGGCGGGAAGGAGGACCGCCUGGGCGUGGCCGGGGUGGGCGUGGUCAAACGAACAGCGGGGCCUGGGGGGCGGAGCCUCGCUGGAGGUUCGCGCUGUAUCUGGACGCUUUUGUCCCGCGCAGCCGCUCAGCCUGGCGCGGCGCCGCUCCCAGGAACCACUGCGCGGCCGCGGCGUUUCCGGGGUGGCAGGUGGACCCCACCGUGCGGGGCGGAAGUGGGCGGCCGCGGUCGGAGCGGACCCGCGCUGCCGGCAGGCCCUGGUCGAACUGGAGGGCGCCGGGGAAAGGAGCUCAGGCGGCCCCCGCGGCCCGGGAGAGCGGACUGCCGGCGGGCCUGCGGCGGCCGCGGCGGCGCCGGCGGAGCGCGGCGGGGAUGGGGCGCCGAGCCGGGCCGGGGCCUCGGCCUUGUUCGCCGGGCUGCAGGAUCUGGGCGUGGCCAACGGCGAGGACCUGAAGGAGACGCUCACCAACUGCACGGAGCCGCUCAAGGCCAUCGAGCAGUUCCAGACAGAGAAUGGCGUGCUGCUGCCUUCCCUGCAGUCGGCUUUGCCCUUCCUGGACCUGCACGGGACGCCCCGGCUGGAGUUCCACCAGUCCGUGUUUGACGAGCUGCGAGACAAGCUGCUGGAGCGCGUGUCGGCCAUUGCGUUGGAGGGGAAGGCCGAGGAAAGGUACAAGAAGCUGGAAGACCUUCUAGAGAAGAGUUUUUCUCUGGUGAAGAUGCCGUCCCUGCAGCCGGUGGUCAUGUGCGUCAUGAAGCACUUGCCCAAGGUUCCCGAGAAGAAGCUGAAGCUGGUCAUGGCCGACAAGGAGCUCUACCGGGCCUGCGCUGUGGAGGUGAAGCGGCAGAUCUGGCAGGACAACCAGGCACUGUUUGGCGACGAGGUGUCCCCGCUGCUGAAGCAGUACAUCCUAGAGAAGGAGAGCGCGCUCUUCAGCACAGAGCUCUCCGUGCUGCACAACUUCUUCAGUCCGUCCCCCAAAGCCAGGCGCCAGGGCGAGGUGGUGCAGAAGCUGACGCAGAUGGUGGGGAAGAACGUGAAGCUAUAUGACAUGGUGCUGCAGUUCCUGCGGACCCUCUUCCUGCGGACACGGAACGUGCACUACUGCACUCUGCGGGCGGAGCUGCUCAUGUCCUUGCAUGACCUGGAUGUUGGCGACAUCUGUUCUGUGGACCCCUGCCACAAGUUCACCUGGUGCCUGGACGCCUGCAUCCGUGAGCGGUUCGUGGACAGCAAGAGGGCCCGGGAGCUGCAGGGCUUUCUGGACGGAGUGAAGAAGGGUCAAGAGCAAGUCCUAGGGGACCUGUCCAUGAUCCUGUGUGACCCCUUUGCCAUCAAUACCCUGUCACUGAGCACUGUCAGGCACCUGCAGGAGCUGGUCGGCCAGGAGACGCUGCCCAGGGACAGCCCUGACCUCCUCCUGUUGCUCAGGCUGCUGGCGCUGGGCCAGGGGGCCUGGGACAUGAUCGACAGCCAGGUCUUCAAGGAGCCCAAGAUGGAGGUGGAGCUCAUCACCAGGUUCCUGCCAACGCUCAUGUCGCUGGUGGUCGACGACCACUCCUUCAACGUGGACCAGAAGCUGCCUGCCGAGGACAGGGCUCCGGUCACAUACCCAAACACGCUGCCAGAGACUUUCACCAAGUUCCUGCAGGAGCAGCGCAUGGCCUGUGAGGUGGGGCUGUACUACGUGCUACACGUCGCCAAGCAAAGGAACAAGAACGCGCUGCUGCGCCUGCUGCCUGGGCUCGUGGAGACCUUCAGCGACCUGGCCUUUGGCGACAUCUUCCUCCACCUGCUCACGGGGAACCUGGCGCUGCUGGCCGAUGAGUUUGCCCUGGAUGACUUCUGCAGCAGCCUCUUCGAGGGCUUCCUCCUCACCGCCUCCCCGAGGAAGGAGAACGUGCAGCGGCACACGCUGCGGCUGCUGCUCCACCUGCACCACCGUGUGGCCCCGUCCCGGCUGCAGGCCCUGCAGAAGGCGCUGGAACCCACUGGCCAGAGCGGAGAGGCGGUGAAGGAGCUUUACUCCCAGCUUGGUGAGAAACUGGAGCAGCUGGACCAUCGGAAGCCCAGCCCAGCCCAGGCUGCAGAGACCCCGGCCCUCGAGCUGCCACUGCCCACUGUGCCCGCCCCGACUGGGCUCUGAUGACACCCCAGGAGCUACUCGGGAGCCGGCUGGGUCCCUGAUCAGCCAGCAGAGGCUCUCUGCACCGGACUUGACAGCGGCCCCACGUCUCCUGGGGACAGAUUGGCUGCUUCUGGAGACAGGUGGUGGGCUGAGCGCUGAAGGCGGGGUGCUCUUCCUCAGUGCCUCAAUCCACCAUGAUCAUCCAUGUGAACAAGACCUUGUCUCUGCUCUCCACGGGCCCCUGGCCAGGUCUGUGGAGUGCAGCCCCUCCCCGAGGCCCACCGUGUCUGCCUGGUCCUCCCUCCCAAGCUGUGGAGAGCUUGUCGUCUCCCUGCCUGGCAGGAUGGGUUUCCACUACUGUGGGGGAGACAGCCGGGCAGUAGUCGGGCUGAGGAAAAGCCACCUGUUUUCUAAGAGGAGAAGGCAGGGCGCUCAGGUCUGUGGGGAAGUGGGCGGACUGGCCGAAUUGGCAGAUGUGGUCGGGUCAGCCUGGCUCCCACCGAGGACCUGAGUGUUGGACGGUAGGUGAUCUGCUGCACCAGGACUAGCAGGCAGCUCCUCCCCUGGCCAGCAGCACCCACCCACUGCCUCAGUUUACCCUUGGGGUGCUGUGCCCCUGGCUCAGCUGCACUGCCUUGGCCAGGUGAGGGACAACUGUUGGAUAGGGUGAGGCUCACACAUGUAAAUAAAAGACGUUUUGGUAAAUCCA